AUGUGCUAUCAACUCAUCGAGGUGUACUCCGUGUGCCGCUGUCUAUACCACAAACACGCAGUCGAUCCGUGUACGGCCUACGGCCAGAGGGGGCAUGUCGUUCAGGAAAAAGUGGUAUUGGUGGGAUACGCAUGUCCCAGGCAUUCAGCAGGGCGGCCCCACGCCGUCAGGACGAUGGAGGGACGUGGUCGGUCGGAUUUCGAAUAUCAGACAUUGAGAAAUUGCAUGGGACUUUGGAGAAUUGAUGGAAACAAAAUGGAAUGUAAUGCAUGGAUGAGGCACAUGGUCCUUGAUGGAACAAGGGUGGACGGCGCCGAUUUACGACGCUAA